GUCAGUUGCUCCGCAGGGAGGCUUUUCUGUGCAGUGUGAAAGUUUGUGGUGAAAAUGGAGGGAAAUUUUACAUUUCUACAGCCAGAAGCGAGAAUUUCCGCGGAAAGCACGCAUUUGCUGGCAUGGAAUGUCCCUCCGAAGGAUCUCAAGCAAAUCCCAGAGCAUUGGCUAACCUACGAGGAGCCCGAAGCUUCCCUCCACUAUCUCCUGGGGCUCGUCUACAUCAUGUUCACCGUGGCUGCACUCACGGGCAAUGGGCUAGUUCUCUGGGUCUUUGGAUCAGCACCCAGUUUGCGUACUCCAUCGAAUGUUUUUGUCGUAAAUUUGGCUCUGUGUGACUUUAUGAUGAUGCUAAAAGCGCCCAUCUUCAUCUACAACUCCUUCAAUCGCGGAUUCGCAACGGGAGUGCUGGGAUGUCAGAUUUUUGCAGCAAUGGGAUCACUUUCGGGCAUUGGAGCAGGGAUGACGAAUGCCUGCAUCGCGUAUGAUCGCUUCAAUGUCAUCACAAGACCAUUUCAUGCCAAAAUGACGCGCCUCAAAGCCAUUCUCAUUGUCCUCCUCGUAUGGGGGUACACAAUUCCGUGGACUGUUUUGCCCCUCAUGGAGCUCUGGGGGAGAUUUGUUCCAGAGGGCUACCUAACAUCAUGCUCCUUUGACUAUCUCACCGAUACGUUCGACAAUCACCUCUUUGUGGGCGCCAUCUUUGUUUGCAGCUACAUGAUCCCCAUGUCAAUGAUAAUCUAUUUCUACAGUCAGAUUGUGAGUCAUGUGGUGAAUCACGAGAAAACCUUGAGGGAGCAAGCACGCAAGAUGAACGUGGAUUCCCUGCGAAGCAACACAACAGCAUCGAAUCAAACGGCUGAAAUUCGAAUUGCAAAGGCCGCCAUUACUAUUUGUUUCCUCUUUGUUGCCUCUUGGACACCAUACGGUGUAAUGGCGCUCAUUGGAGCCUUUGGGGAUAAGCGCUUACUAACGCCAGGGGUGACAAUGAUCCCUGCGUGCUGCUGCAAACUCGUUGCGUGCAUUGAUCCGUGGAUUUAUGCAAUAAGUCAUCCAAAGUAUCGACUUGAGCUGCAGCGGAAACUCCCGUGGUUGGCAAUUCAUGAGAAGGAAAUUUCAGACUCAGCUUCUGUGACUUCUGUGGCCACCACAGAAGUUACCCAGAAUGCGGAGCAAGUUAACACAACGACAACGUAGAGAGUUUUGGGAAAAUAAAAGCUAUAGGGGAGGGCGGGGCUAA